AUGCACAUCCUCCUUACCAACGACGACGGCCCGCCGUCUGCACACUCCUCCCCCUACGUCCACUCCCUCAUCCACUACCUUCAAAAAGCCGGCCAUACCGUCUCCGUCUGCCUGCCGCACACCCAGCGCUCCUGGAUUGGCAAGGCGCACAUCAUCGGUCAGACUGUGAAGCCCCUCUACUACCGCCCCUCCGCCGAAGGUCUUCACGGCACUGAAGGCACCACCUCGACACGUCCUACCGCCACCGCCGGCGAGGACGAAUGGAUUCUGGUUGAUGGCACCCCGGCCUCGUGCGUUCAAAUCGGCCUGCACCACUUCUUCAAGGAACGUGGACCUAUCGAUCUCGUCGUCAGCGGUCCCAACUACGGCCGCAAUACCACUGCUGUCUUUGCGCUCAGCUCGGGAACUUUGGGCGGCGCGCUCGAGGCGGCGGUCUGCAAGCGCAAGUCCAUCGCGCUCAGCUAUGCCUUCUUCUCGCGGAACCAUGACCCUGUCAUUAUCGAGGGCGCCGCGAGGCACUCGGUGAAGGUCAUUGAGAAACUGUAUGAGCAGUGGCCUGCUAGUGACGAGGUUGACCUGUACAGUGUCAACGUGCCGCUUGUCGAGGGUGUUGAGACUCACAAGACGCUCUACACGGCCAUGCUGCAGAACUACUGGCGCGAGGGCAGCUGCUUCCAGGAGAUUGAGGGCGAGGUUGGUGACGAGGAUGAGGAGGAGGAGAAGAUUCGCGAGGGUGAUUUUGGCGAAGCAAUUGGCGGCGAAGAUGCUCCUGAGCAGAAGGGCGAGGGCAAAAAGACUCCUGCUCACCGCCAAAGACACUUCAAAUGGGCACCCAAGUUCACGGACGUGUACAAGAGCGUUGAAGAAGCAGAGCCUGGCAACGACGGCUGGGCUGUCAAGGAGGGCUACACGAGUGUGACGCCCCUGAAGGCCAACUUCUUGCAGCCUGCGCAGCAUCUGCACAAGAAGGAACUGAUUCUUGAUAGCCCUCAAAGUAAUGGGCCCAAGAAGCAGGUCGCCUCCAUCACUGAGCUUCCCGUAAGGACCGGCCCAUUGCAGCCAUCUUCGACACCAGAGUUUCACGCCAUCAUCAACUACGAAGACCCAUAUGUCCAGCCUCUGAUCCUCGAGGCCAUGGAACGCCUGUUCCCGAACAAGUACUCGCUCCUCCCGCCGCCAGAGGCCAACACAGCUACCGACGACGCACCCUCUCUGGCUGCCGUUCUUCCUACCAAGGACACCCGCAUUCUCCACAUCGCUCCCUACGAGUCCCUUGACUUCGACCACGUCGCCGAACACCCGUCCACCGCCCUCGUCAACAGCUACGUUAUCCGCAAGGCCCUCAUCCGCAAACAUUACCUCUCCGCGACGGUCGACCACUGGGUCGCGAAACACCCCGACUCGGCCCUCAAGACGCACGUCCAGCGGGGUGAGCAUUUCGAGGUUGACUACGCCGAGUUCCUCGACGACGCGCUCGUCGAGGCGUUUGAUCUCCGCGAGAGCAUGGACCGCAACGACGCCGUCGAGGACGCCGACAAGAGGGAGUGGUGGAUUCUGAAGCCGGGCAUGAGUGACCGCGGGCAGGGCAUCAGGCUGUUCAGCUCGAUGGAGGAGCUGCAGGGCGUUUUUGACGAGUGGGAGGAGGAGAGGCCUGACAGCGACGACGAGGAUGAGGGAAGCGGCGGGGAUUACAUUACGACUUCGCACCUGCGGCACUUUGUCGUGCAGCCGUACAUCCAUCCUCCCCUGCUGCUCCCCGGCGACGCGAGAAAGUUUCACAUCCGCACGUACGUGUUGUGCGUGGGCAGCCUGGACGUCUACGUGUACAGGCCUAUGCUGGCGCUGUUCGCGGGCAAGGCGUACAAGGCGCCGUGGGAGGAUGCGGACCUCGACGGGCAUCUCACGAACACGUGUCUCCAGGGCGGGGGGUCUGCCUUGCCUCCGGUCAAGCAGUUCUGGGACCUUGUGAAGGGCCAGGGCUUGGCGGAGGGCCAGGCGGAGAGCAUCUUCAAGCAGAUUUGCGAGGUUACGGGUGACAUCUUUGAGGCUGCGGCCAGGGAGAUGACGAUUCACUUCCAGCCUUUGGGCAAUGCGUUUGAGGUAUUUGGGCUGGACUUCUUGGUGGACGCCGAGGCGAGGCCGUGGUUGCUUGAGGUCAACUCGUUCCCCGACUUCAAGCAAACGGGAGGAGAUCUGAAGGGGGUCGUUGCUGGGUUCUGGGAGGAGACGUUGAGGAGGUCUGUCGGAGGCUUCUUUGGUGUCGAAGCGGCAGAGGGAGAGAGAACGGGUGAGAUGGUCCACGUCAGGAAGGUUGACCUCGGCAGACGGUGA